AUGAUGAUGAAGUCCGCUCUUCUCGCUGUGGCUCUCGCUGCUGGCGCGUCCGCCCAGUCCUCGUCAGCCGCGACGCCCAGCUUGUCGACGUGCUUGACCGGGUGCCUCACCCAGGCCGUGAGCGCCGGUGGUUGCUCAUCCUUCACCGACCUUAACUGCGUCUGCACCAGCACCGCCUUCCAGAAUGCGGCCGCGUCGUGCCUGCAGUCGCAAUGUUCUGCUGCUGACCAGGCGGCUGCGCUGCAACUCCAGCAGGCGGAGUGCGCCAGUGUUUCCUCCGCAGCUUCUUCGGGCGCCAGUGUCACGUCUUCUGUCGCCUCCUCCACUGACAGCGUUGCCUCGUCGGUGUCCUCUUCGCUUGCCAGCGUCACUAGUUCGCUUAGCAGCGUCGCGAGCACCGCUACCAAGCCCGCCUCCAGCGUUCUCUCGUCGGCUUCGUCAAAGGCUUCGUCCCAGUUGUCUUCCGCAAGCUCGGCUGCUGCCUCUGCCGCUACCUCUUCUUCAGCCGCUAUGGGCAAGGCUACCCUCUCUGGCAUUCCCCUCACCGGGGUGGUCCUCGUGGUCGGAGGUGCCAUCUUCGGCGCUGGAUUGGUCUUGUAG